AUGGCGCCCGCGCUGCACAUCUCCAUCCCAACCGCGUCUACAGUAACGCCUGCGGAAGGCAAGCCUUAUACUGUCUAUCACGUCGUCCUGCAGCUGCCUUUACGAAAACAUGAGAUCAAGAAGCGCUACACAGACUUCGUCAAUCUGAACAAUGACCUUGUCUCGCAAACCGGCCAGCAACCUCCUGCAGCUGUACCCCCGAAGUCGUGGAUCAGACGGACAGUUAAUAACGAAAGCCUCACCGAAGAGAGGAGGGAAGGGCUGGAGAGAUAUGUCAGGACAGUAAUAGAGUCGGACGAUGCACGUUGGCGAAGCAGCAGUGCUUGGAGGAGCUUUCUGAAUCUACCAAGCGGCGCAUCGACAGCAACCACCAAUGGCACAGUGUCUCAAAAUCGACCUGGUACUUCUAGUGGGACUCCUAGAGACCCGAACCAGUGGCUGGAUGUACAUGGAAGCUUGAAGUCGCAGAUACAGAGUGCUCGACAAUUGCUGAAACAAAGGGAGGCCGCAACCACAGCACAGUCUCAGCACUCGCUAGCUGCAGAUGCGAAGGCGAGCCUAGUACGCGCAGCAACAUCCAUUGCGCAACUUGAGGAUGGUUUGAAGGCAAUCUCGACUACUGGCAAGGGCGACGAUGCAGGCUGGGGUGGCGCGAAGAGGUUAGGAGAUGGAGAAUUGAGACGGAGGCGAGACCUUGUGGGCGCGGCCAAGAAGGAGGUGGAGGGUCUGGAAGGGGUUUUGAGAAGUAUGGCGUCCAAAACUGCAGCGGCGUCGAGCAGUAUCAACAAGAAUGCUACCGCCACCGACGGCGACAAAGCGGCGCUGUGGCAAGGCACGUCAGCGGCGAAGCCGGGCGGCCGCGUUCUCGGUGGACCGCUCAAGGAGACUGAACGCACGCGGGAGCUGGAUAAUUCAGGUGUAUUGCAACUGCAGAAGCAGGUCCUGCAAGAACAAGACGAAGACGUUCUCUCGCUUGGCAAGACCGUAGCGAAGCUGAAGGACAUGGGCAUGACGAUCAACGAGGAGCUGGUGAUUCAGAACGAGAUGCUUGGCUUGGUGGAACAGGACUCCGACAGGUUGCAGGGCAAGAUCGACGUUGCCAGGAGUCGUAUCAAGAAGAUUAGCUAG